ACGAACACCGGGAUUUUCGUGGAUCUGAAAGGUCGAGCGUGUAAAUCGCGAUUACCGCAUCUACGGCUACUCCGCAGCUUCUUUUCGACGACAGAGCGCGUUGAUUUUUGAUCAUAACGGUUCUCGCAUCUGACCAGCAUGUUUUUCUCCUCGUAAUACCGGAAGAAAUUAUCGCAUUUCGAUCGCGUAAUCUCUACGAGAUCACUGGCACGAUAUGGCGAUUCUCUUCAACUUGAAGCAAAAAUUUAAUAUGCUCUACAUCUUGAAGAAAGUCCUUCCAUUUUAACAACGGUUGGAACGAUGGGAUUGCCCAAAGGAUAUUCUCUGUCAAGAUUAAUUACUAUACCUGAAUCGGCAAUCGCUGGCGCCAUGACGAGGAUGAAUCCGACCGAGGAUCCAGGGACCUCUAAAGAGAGCAAAUGGGAGAGGUGACGUACCAUCCAGUGAUGCGGAAACGGCGUGGACUGGGCAGCGCCUUUCUGGGCCUCUUUGUAGGCCUGAUCCUUGGUUUUCUGAUCCUCAGCUACCGCCUGACUGUCUCCAAUAAACAACAACAGUUCACCAUCUGGACCUCCAUGCCCGGUUUACGAUCACCGCCAAAAGCAUCGGUUCGAAACAUGCCGAGAUUAAAGGACGACGAACGAAUCAACAGCUCCACCACGAGUCUCUUGUUUGUGGGAGUGAUGACGGCUCAAAAGUACUUGGACACUCGAGCCAAGGCCGUCUAUGAAAGCUGGGGCAAGGAGUUACCCGGCAAGAUAGCCUUCUUCUCGUCGGAAUCCUCGACGGUACCUGAAAACUGCCCCGAUUUACCAUUGGUGCCGCUUCCACGAGUGGAUGACACUUAUCCGCCGCAGAAGAAAUCUUUCAUGAUGUUGGAGUACAUGUGGAACAACUUCGGCGAUCGCUUCGAGUGGUUCUUGAGAGCGGACGACGAUGUAUACGUAAGGACAGAUCGGUUGGAGAAGCUGCUGAGAUCCGUCGAUUCUAGAAGGGCGAUGUACAUCGGACAAGCCGGCAGAGGCAAUUCGGAAGAAUUCGGGCUGCUGUCAUUGGAGUACGAUGAGAAUUUCUGCAUGGGUGGUCCCGGAGUGGUGCUGUCCAGAGAGACACUCGGGAGGAUUGUACCGCAUAUCAAAUACUGCCUGCGCCAUUUGUACACCACACACGAGGACGUCGAGCUUGGCAGAUGCGUGAAGAAAUAUGCGGGGAUUCCCUGUACUUGGAGUUACGAGAUGCAGUCCAUUCUUUAUCACAACAGCAGCGGGUCUCAGGCGUUUACCGGAAAUCUCAAGAAAAAGGAAGUUCACCGUGCCAUUACUUUGCAUCCUGUAAAAAAUCCGCCUCACAUGUACAGGCUGCACAAUUACAUAAGAGGACUGCGAAUACAAGACCUGCAACAAGAGAGGAUUCAUCUGCAUAGAGACAUUCAUACGAUGAGCCAGGAAUUGGGAGUCAACCUUGAAACUUUAAGAAAUUACGAAAUAGCGGAUGGUGUACGUCUUUUUCCGGUUGAUUCUAAUUCCGAAGAUUACCCCGGCGACACGGACAUACUAGGUGUGCCAGCGAGUCUACGUUCGUUCAAACCGACGACGAGCGACGAAGUGAUUCCGUGGGACUUCCUUUCGAGGCUGGAAUAUAGUUUGACCGAUUCCAAUCCAAGGCGACGUAUUCAUAGCGACAUCAAAGAGGGUCUGGAAGACAUCACAAGAGAGGUCAUGGCCUCCAUUAAUUCUUAUUCGCGGCAGCGCGGCCGCGUUGUCGAGGAACGAUCGGCCCUUUAUGGAUACAGAAGGGUGAACUCUUACGGGGCCGACACUAUAUUAGAUCUUCUAUUAGUCUAUCGAAAGUAUCGGGGUAGGAAAGUCACUCUUCCCGUUAGACGACACGUUUAUCUCCAUCAACAUUUCACUGGAUUAGAAAUACGCGAGACAGUAAAUGGUGUCGAAGUCCAGUCUCGUCAGAAAUCAGAUGACAAGUCUAUUCACGGUUUAUUUCACGGUGGCUUUUUAAAUCUCAAUUUCAACUCAGAGGAAGAAGAUUCUAUACGAGACAAGACCAUCAACUUUAUCGUACCUCUGUCAGGUCGCUACGAAAUCUUUCAAAGGUUUCUUCAGAAUUACGAAGACAUCUGUUUGACCAACGGUGAGAAGACGUCUCUGCUCGUCGUACUCUACCAGCACAAGAGUGAAAACUCUUUCAAUAAAACGAUAGAUCUGAUCGAGCAGCUCAAGUACAAAUAUCGCACUGCCAGCGUAGAGAUUCUACCAAUUUCCGGGGACUUUUCCAGAGCCAGAGCCUUAGACUUGGGCGUAUCAAAACUACAGGCUGACGAUCUGAUGCUGUUCAUAGAUGUGGACAUCGUAUUCACGAGUUCGGCUUUGAACAGGAUACGAUUGAAUACAUUAUCAGGACGGAGAAUGUACUUUCCGAUCGUUUUCAGCCAAUAUGAUCCUAAGAUUGUCUACGGUGAUGCCGGGAAACAGGACAAAUUUACUAUAAACGAGAUCUCCGGACACUGGAGGCAGUACGGUUUCGGAAUUGUCUCUCUGUAUAAGAGAGAUUAUCGUACCCUGGGCGGUCUGGAUCUCUCCAUUCAGGGAUGGGGUAAAGAGGAUGUGGACUUCUUCGAGAAGGCGGUAAAAUCGGACCUCGAUGUCUUCAGGGCGGCGGAUAGGCACCUAGUGCACGUGUAUCACGAAAUAGAAUGCAGCCGAGAGCUUUCUAGCCUGCAGUUGUCCAUGUGCAUUGGAUCCAAGACUGAUACGUAUGCUGGGGUCGAGACUUUGGCUGAUAUGAUUUACGCCGAUCCGAACAUAUUGCGCUUUGCCAAAGAGAGGAGACAAAAGAGGACCAAUCCUGCUGGUUAAUCGACGAAUCUGUGAAAUGAAAGUGAUAAAUGAAAAUUUGUAAAAUGGGCUGUCGAAAAAGAUUUUGUUCUGGAAAACAGUUUAAUUUUAUUAUAAAUUAUAAGGGACCCAUGAAUAAUAUGCAUCCCAUUAAAAAAUAUUUUUCUCGUUACGCUUUGUGGCUUUAGUCAUGAGGUAUAUUAUAAUGUGUCGAUUAUCGGACGCUCUGAACUUCGGUGCCAGAAUAUUUCAUCAUUAUUUAAGCAUUGUAAAUAGAGAGUACGAGAUGAACAAAUAAAAAUUAAUCCAAUUUAAUGUUUAACUGUAUGGCAAAAUGUAUAUAAUUUAUCAAAGCUUUGAUUGAGAAUACAUUUGUCAAAGUUUUGAUUAUGAAACAAAGAUAUCACGCAGAAUGAUCUUCAGAAGAAUAGAAUGUGAUCUUCAGAAAGAAUAGAUCUGAAAGAGUCAAUGAAAAUCACCAAAGUCAUUGUAGUUUUGUAUAUGUGCAAAAACAUUUUUUCAAUUUUUUGUUGUUAGUUUAUGUAGUAAAACUGCAUAAAAGGUAACACACCUCCAAUUUUAUCGCCACUUAAAUAUGUUGUAGAGAAGGCUCUUCUGAGUAAUUUCUCUCAAAAAAUAAUAAGUGAGAGACGUCAUUGGUUUAGAAGAUAUAACAAAUUGAAGUUUGACAUCAAAAUAUGUGUAUGCUGUGUAUAGCUUGUUAUUUUUUUUUAUUAAAAAAAAACUGUUUAUGACAUUUUCGUGUCGGCAGCGUCUCUUCCUGUAUCCCCCCCAAAAAAUUCUAACCUAACCCAAAUCUAUUUUGAGUUUUAAAAAUUAAGUUGGGUUGGGUUAGGUUAGUUUUUUUCGGGAUGGAGAUGCAGGAAGAAGAGCGAAGCCCCUUCCCCAUUUACGUAUUCAAUAAAUAAUAUUUUCUAAGAUAAGACUCACAAAUUCGUGUAGUUGCAUAUUGAAAGCUGUUAACAAAUUGUGAGAAAUAAAUGGAACACAUUAUAUUGGCAAAAUAUAACCAUGUAAUUAUUUUCUAUAAAAGUAAACAAACUUUUUCGUCUGCUCUACACUAAGUACACAAACUUUAUUUUUUUUUAUAUUAUAUAUAUCAUUUUUUUUUAAUAUUAUUUACAUUUAUAAUACCUGAGAAAAAGCAUUAAAAAAACUGUGAAACAGUUUUUUAACAUUUUAUUUGUUAUAUCUUCUAAACCAAUGCCUCAGAAUGGCUUAGAAGAAUCUUCUCUACAACAUAUUUAAGUGGCGAUAAAAUCAAAGUUGCGUUACCAGUUUUACCGCUUAUAUAACGAUAUUAUAUUCUUACCGUCAAUUGAUGUUUUUUGUCGAGAAAAUAAUCACUAAAAAUAAACCGAUAUCGUAUACAGUUGCAAUUGCCAAUACUUUUAUAGGAAUCAAACAUAAUCACACACAUAUUUUAUAAAAUCAUCAGCUUAGAAAAUAAGUUAAAUAUUAUGAGUAAAUGUGAUAUUAUCGUGCCUUUUAUAAAUUUGUUUCCAUAAAUUUAUGUAUUAUUGAUCUGUAAAUGCAGAUACUUUGUCAGUGUGCUGUAUUUUAUAUACAUAUAUUCACAGGUAAAAGACUUUGCAAUAAUCAAAAUAUAAUACUCAUGCUUUACUGAACAAAAUUCUUAUGUUAAGUAAUAACAUCAUUAUUAUUUUUGUCACUCUUCCAAAAUAAAAUAUGAUAUAUAAAUUCAUUUAAAUUUAAUUAUUUAAUUUGUUUAAACGAAUAUAAUGAGACACAAAUAUUAAUAAAUUUUAAAUAAAUUAAUAGCACGUAAUUAAAUAUUUAAUGUAUGAUGAAUUAAAUAUUGAAAGCUCUUAUCGUGUACAAAUGUAAAGUUCGAGAAGAAAUAUUGAGCGAUUUGCUAGCGUGUUAUCAGAAUAUUGACUAUGAAUUGCUGAAGUUGCAUCUUUUUGCGUUCUCCAGUUUUUCUUGUAACAGCAUUAAUAUCAUAAAAAGAUCUAAUUAGUUAAUAUUCUAGAUAUUCUAUGACAUUUUUUUGUAGACUUUUAUCUUUUCGAAGAAAAAAUAUAAAAUAAAUGCGCAUGCUUACUUAUUAAAUUGCUGUUUAUUUCAAAACGUUUGACUAAAAAUGUCUGGAGAUAUUAUAACUUUCGGGGAACUUUGUAAUGGAAAGAAAGUCAAACUUUACUUAGAAAACAAAGCUAGAAAAGAAUUGAUCUCGUGUUAGCUCGACACGAAGAAACGAUAACUUAUCGAGCUUUCGAGUAGCUUUUGAAAAAAAAAGGAAGAAAGCAAAUAGCUGGAAAUAUGGUAAAUAGUGAUAAUUUAUAAUAUAUGAUGCGUUUGACAAUAGAGAUAGUACCGAAAUAUCUCUUCUCGGUAAAAUGACGCAACUUUCCUCAUGUGAUACGUUACACCAUAAAAAUAGAAAACGACAUGACAAUUUAGAACGCAGUUAUGAAUCGUCAACUGUUAUGAUAAUGUCUGUGAAGGUAUUGUUAUAAGUGUCUUAUCCCGCAGAUUGUAAGUGAGGAGUUACGAGAAUUUCGCGAAUGGCGUUUAGGAAAACAGAAAAUGAAUGAUAAGCAAGUUAGAAUCGCAAUAGAUAAUAUGACAAGUUAUAACAUACUUGUGCAAAAAAAGGAUCUCGAGAAAUUCAUGUAUAGAGAAUUUCGGUGAAAUUCUCGAGAGAAGAGAUUGAUGGCGCAUCUUCAAUAUUCACGUCUUGUGUUUGUAAGAUUGUCUUUAAACAAAAGUGCUAAUGACCUCAUUGAGAAUGUUGUUUUUAUAUCACGUAGUUACCUAUAAAGAUCUUCGGACGCAGAAUUCAUAGAACCUUCGCGAUACACAAAACCAUGCGCGAAGACGGAAAAACAGAGGCUCCGGUUUUUAUUACGGCGUUGGUAGAUAAUAGCGUAUCGCUCAAGCUCAAGGCCGCCUGCAAUCGUUCGCGGUAGACGGCGCAUUUAUAAGACAAAUUUCCGCGCGAAUUCUCAGUGCGAUCGUCAGUUCUUUGUGCCGCGUUAUAUUCAUCAAAACACGAGAGGUCAUCAACUUUGAACGAAGAGACGCGAAAUUAUUCAGAAAAGUCGCUCGACGAGUAAUUAAAAGCAUUCCAAACAGCCACUUGCAUACUUAAUUGUAUGAUAUUAUCGAUAUCAUAUGUCAAUCCACGGCAAACAAGCUACGAUUCAGGAAUCAUUAAAGUGUUGCAUCAGAUCAGCUAAUAGAAGAACAUCUUUAUCUUGCUGCGCAAUAUC